AGAAACUGUGAAAAAGCAAUAUGGCCAUCGAUAAGUCACCGUACGUACGUGCGUGACAUUAUCUCGUUUUAUUCGCGUAUGAUAUGAUUUGGAAGUGAUAUCAUCGUGUGUAAGUGUGUGUAAUAACGUCAGUCUGAAUAUAUUCCUGAUUAUUUUCCUGCAAAAGAUUUUCCGGCAAUUUCGAAAGAAGAGUGAAGAAGAGUCUUGAGCGGUCUUGAAUCUCGACGUACCAUCGACGUACAUCGACGUUUGGCAACGUUCAUCGAUAGUUUUGUCAUCGUAAGCCAUCGGGAGCGCAUUUAACGCUUUCGAAGAUAUGUCAUUGAACACGGCACAUACCAACGGCGGAGUUCUUCUCCACUCUGGCGAAUGCAUCAUACUCUUCUGCGACAAUGUCAAUAUGGAAUUUCAUGGACAAGAGCAAGCGGAAUUUAUUGGAAAGAAGCAUGGCAGGUUGUACUUGACGACACACAGAAUGAUUUUCAAUGCUAAAGAUCAAAAAGAAAAGAUGCAAUCAUUCAGUUUCCCAUUCGUGACAUUGAGUGAAGUAGGACUGGAACAGCCGGUUUUUGGUGCUAAUUACAUAGGAGGCAAAUGUCGCGCACAGCCGAAUGGUAAUUGGAUUGGAGAAUGCAAAUUUAAAUUGAGAUUCAAGAGUGGUGGGGCAGUGGAAUUUGCUCAGGCUUUGCUGAGAGCCGCAGCGAUGGCUCAACGCAAUGGCCCAGCGAAUGACGCACCACCACCAUAUACCCCUCCAUUAUCCGAUUGGUACCCAGCGCAACCUUCGGCUUAUCAACCUGCUCCAACUGGAUAUUACGGAUGGAUGCCUCCGACCAACGUAUUCCCAGAUGUUCCGCCAGGAAAUACAGUCUUUAUGACAGACAGUCCGCCACCGUAUCCUGGCAUACAAUCAGGAUACGGAUAUGCAAGUGGUCCGCCACAUCAAGGCGCUGGAGCUGCAGCAGGACAACCAGGAACUCCUGGAUGGGCCAAUCCGAAUUACAACAGCCAGUCCCAUGCAGGUGCGUAUCCCGGCGGUUAUGGACAACCGCCUUACAGCGGUUAUUCGCCUAAUCCACCACCGUAUUCGACAUAUCCACAAAGCGGCUAUACGCCUGGACCUUACAAUCAGCAGCCUGGAUCUUAUCCAUAUCCACAUCAAUACUAAUGAGUAUUGUAUGGAUAUAUAAUAUAUAUGUAUACACCUAUCAUCAAAUUAUAAAUUACGACAAAUGGACAGACAUCGAGAGAAUUACAAAAGAAUGUGCUAAACAUUCUUUGAAUAUAUAUGCUUGUGCAAUAUGUAUUUUUCUAAAUAUCUAUAGCUUACAAUUACUAAAAAUAUGCUUUUCGCGAAUAUAUAACACGUUGAAUAUAUAACAAAGAAUUAUAAUGCGUUGAUUCUACAAGGUAUUAGCAUACGUUAUACGUAUUUAUUAAACGUAUACUAUUAAACACGCAUACGCGCGCGCGCGCGCGCGCGCGCGCGUGCAUAUAUAAGGAUGAUAUAUAAAAUUAAAUAUUAAUAAAGAUAA